CCCACGCCCAGCUUCGUUGAAGAUCAGCUUCUAAACAUCAUAGCUACCGAAAGCCUCGGCUGUAUUCCCUGGCGUGCUUAAUACCCAUGAUCCACAUCCACUAGCCCAAGAUAGUGAAGUGACGACCAUUGAUUACUCAACAGCUUCCGCAUCUGAUUCCCUCUUUAAGUCUCACAAAACCCCUCUUACUACCGCCUAAUCGACCCUUUUCGAGUUACAAACUACCCGCAUUAUAUCCUUUAUGCGUACAGAAUCGCCGCCAAGUGUAACCAAUCUACUACUAUAUGAAAUAGCAGUCAGCCACAUUGCUUGUCUGCACUUACCUCGAACACUUCCUCUCUUUUGGUAAUCUCUGUAUACUACUAUCAAAAUGCCAAUCCUCAAACUCUACACCAGUCCAGGUCAGCUCACGGACGAGGAAAAGCAGGAGCUAGCUACCGUACUAACAGCUGGCUACACCAAGUCGAUGCCAGCUUUCUUCGUCAACAUCAUGUUCCAUGAGCUUCCCGCUACCUCCUUCUUCCUAGGCGGCAAACCCACCUCCGGGACUUUCAUUCGCUUCACGGCCGAGCACAUAGCAAUACACUUCAAUGAGGAUGUUGCGCGAUCAAAUCGGUAUCUGGACUGGGUUGGAAAGAUCUUCAAAGAGAGGUUUGAGCAUAGAGGAUGGACGUGGGAAGUCAGUGUUACGGAAAGUAGGAGGGAGUUAUGGCGUAUUCAGGGUUUGGUUCCGCCGCCUCAAGGGAGUGAGGGGAUGAGGGUUUGGAUGGAGGGGGAGAAGGCUGUGCCUUGGGAGGAGGAGAGGGAGAAGUUGUGAAUGGUGAAAGAGGGUAUUGAAGCUGGCUUGAAGCGAUGUGAAGUAUUUUGAAUAUCUGGCAUGGCUUUCUACAUUUCAGGAAGAAUGUGUAUUGACAA